ACCCAGGUUUCUCUUCGAAUUUUACGUUAAUUUCAUUGAAAAUCAUUCAUGCACAAGGGAAGGAGGAGGAGAAGAGCAGGAGAAGGAAGAAAGACAGAGAUGAGUGGCGGAGAAAGUGAAGAGGAAUAUUCGUUAGAAUUCACGCCUACAUGGGUUGUUGCUGCUGUUUGCACUGUCAUUGUUGCCGUUUCUCUAGCUCUAGAGAGAUUUCUCCAUUACAGUGGCAAAUAUUUUAAGAGGAAGAAGCAGAAACCCUUAUAUGAAGCCCUCCAGAAAAUUAAAGAAGAGUUGAUGCUCCUGGGUUUCAUAUCACUGUUAUUGACAGUAUCUCAGGGCACAAUCUCUAAAUUUUGUGUACCUGAGCGUGUGAUUAAUAAUAUGCUUCCUUGUGAUCUCUCUGAGAAAAGAGAAGAAGGACAAGAAUCUAAUACUACAGCUACAACUGCUAGCAUUUCUGGCACUACCAGGCACCUUCUGGCUGAAACAGUAGAAUCCCAGAUUGAUUACUGUCAAAAGAAGGGUGAGGUGCCAUUGUUAUCCUUAGAAGCUCUACAUCACCUACAUAUCUUUAUUUUUGUCCUAGCCAUCGUCCAUGUUACUUUCAGCGUAUUCAUUGUAAUUUUUGGAGGGGCAAGGAUUCGUCAAUGGCAACACUGGGAGAACUCAAUUGGAAAAGAUCGAUAUGAUACAGACGAAGUUUUGAGAAAGAAGGUCACCAGUGUCUAUCAACACAAAUUUAUCCAGGAGCAUUUUGCGGGCAUUUUUAAAGAUUUAGCUCUGCUGGGGUGGAUACAUUCCUUUUUGAAGCAAUUUCAUGCAUCUGUGACAAAAUCAGAUUAUAUAACUCUCCGACUAGGUUUCAUCAUGACACAUUGCAGAGGAAAUCCAAAAUUUAACUUCCACAGAUACAUGGUACGUGCCCUUGAAGAUGAUUUUAAGACAGUUGUUGGUACAAGUUGGUACCUUUGGAUAUUUGUGGUCAUCUUCUUAUUGCUGAAUGUUAAUGGUUGGCAUACGUAUUUCUGGAUAGCAUUCAUUCCAUUUCUUCUUUUAUUUGCUGUGGGUACCAAGUUGGAGCAUGUAAUAACCGAAUUGGCUCGUGAAGUCGCCGAGAAACAUAUAGCCAUAGAAGGGGACUUGGUAGUUAAACCAUCAGAUGAACACUUUUGGUUCAACCGACCUGACAUUAUCCUGUACUUGAUUCAUUUCGUCCUCUUCCAAAAUGCUUUUGAGAUAGCAGUUUUCUUCUGGAUAUGGGUUCUAUAUGGCUUUGAUUCCUGCAUAAUGGGAAAAGUCCGCUACAUUGUUCCCAGGAUGGUGAUUGGGGUGUUCAUUCAGAUAUUCUGCAGUUACAGCACCCUCCCACUCUACGCCAUUGUCACGCAGAUGGGAAGUUCAUACAAGAAAGUAAUAUUUGACGAGCACAUCCAAGCUGGCAUUAUUGAUUGGGCUGAGAAGGUGAAGAAAAAGAGAGGCCUAAAAGAAGCAGCAGCAGCAGCAGCAUCAUCAUCAUCAAGAAAUGGAUCUAGCCAAACAAAUUAUCAUGAAGGUUCUUCUUCGGGGAUUCAGAUUGGAAGAGCCGAACGCAAUGGGUCCACUACUCAAGAGAUUCAACCUUCAGCUGAUCGUGAGGGGCAGACGUAGCUAGCUGGUUUUGUUACAACAGCAGUAGUGAUUUGCAGGCUUCAUAUGAUCAUCCCAAUAGCAAUAGGCACUGUGUUUAUAGACAUUACAUGUUGAGCUUAUGUGCAGAGGGCUCCUGGCCAUUGAUGAGUGUAUCAUGGAACAUAGCAUAGUUUAUAUUUCCAUGUACAGAUUGGAUAUGAUUCACAACUCUUGUCAAAAGGGUUGGGUUUUCAACCUGUGAUCAUUUCUUGCUUGCAGUUAUUUAUUUAUUUAUUUAUUUUCUCUC